GCAGACAUACCCGUUGUAUAGUAGAGAUUCCAAGUCAACAAUGUCGUGGUGGUGUUGGAUUGCUAUUGCGUUCGCUCACCUCAUCCUAGAGCAGUGAUGUAAUCGCAACACCAUGAACUGUUUCGAGCAUAUGUGGACAAGCCUCUCUGUUCCAACAUACACAACAUUUCUGACUCUUGGAGAUCGUCAUGGCUCUUCGAACUCUCUCCGCCAAAAGCGCGGCUGCGCUUGACCAAGAGCUCAUGUCAUCAGGCGCAUUCUCUAUCGAUCAGCUGAUGGAACUUGCUGGACUGUCAGUAUCGCAAGCUGUCUUCAAACUCCAGCCCCUCAGCAAAGGCAAGCGCAUCCUCGUAGCAUGCGGUCCUGGUAACAAUGGUGGCGACGGACUAGUCGCAGCUCGUCACCUCUUUCACUACGGCUACCAGCCUACAAUCUACUACCCAAAGCAGAGCAAGAAUGAGUUGUACCAGCGCCUCAAGAAACAACUCGAAGACCUCAAAGUGCCCUUUACCGAAGACUUCACCAGCGCACUGAAACAAACUGACCACAUUGUCGACGCGAUAUUUGGCUUCAGUUUCUCGGGCGAAGUGCGUGAACCUUUUCCCAAAGUCAUUGAAGCUCUAGCAUCCACAUCCGUUCCUGUCCUCGCUGUCGAUGCACCGUCAUCGUGGGACAUUGAAGAAGGCCCAAGGGAAUCCGGACCAGGCAAAGGCUUCAUGCCGCCGGCUCUCAUUAGCUUGACUGCGCCCAAACCGCUGGUCAAGAAGUUUACUGGCAGGCAUUUUCUUGGCGGGAGGUUCUUGAGCCCGGAGAUGGCGGACAAGUACAAUCUUGAUAUCCCAGCGUAUGAGGGGCUGGAUCAGGUUGUUGAGGUACCUGUCGAGGGUGGAAAGCUAUAAAAUUUAUCAUCUCAGACAUGAUGCCAGACAUCAAUGUAAAAUACUUUGCGCAUCACGAUCCAUCUUGGGUGUUUUGAUGGCAUCCGAACCCCAGCUUCGAAUGCGCUUCGGCAAACAUCCAAGUUGAUUUCUUUCGAGGCGGAAGCCCGGAAGCUCUGUGUCUCUCUUG